AAUUUGACGUUUUGUAAACAAAACUCACAUGUAUUUAUUUAACAUUUGAGAGUUUAAUGAAUAUUUAAAAUAAAAUGCCAAGACACGAGAGAAACAAGCCUAAGCUCACAUUAGAGGAGUAUAAAGUGAAGACCGAUGCUGAAGAUUAUGGUUUAGCUGACGAAUUGUGGGAUUUUGAGAGGUUUCAACAAAAAUUGCAAAUGGUACGAGUACAUCGUGAAGACAAAAAAUUGGAGUUUGAUAUUAUUGGCAUACCGGUAUCUGUUGCCAAUGCCAUUCGUCGGAUUAUGUUGAGCGAAGUUCCGUCCAUGGCAAUCGAGAAAGUUUACAUUUACAACAACACGACAAUUAUUCAAGACGAAGUUCUAGCUCACAGAUUAGGCCUGAUACCAUUGAAGGCUGAUCCACGUUUCUUUGAAUACAAGAGCGAUCCAAAUGAAGAGGGAACCGAAAACGAUACUCUCGAGUUUGAGUUGAAAUUCCGGUGUGGAAAGAAGGACAAAGAUGGUCCAAGUUAUGAGAAAAAUUACAAUUGUUAUUCCGGACAAAUAAAGUGGUUACCUAAAGGCCGGCAAGGAACAUUGUAUAAAGAAAAAGAUAUUGGACCAAUCGAAGCCGAUAUUUUACUGGCAAAAAUGCGUCCGGGACACGAAUUAGAUUUGAAGUUGCUAGCUGUAAAGGGUAUUGGGAAGGAUCAUGCUAAAUUCAGUCCCGUAGCGACAGCUUGGUAUCGUCUUUUACCAGAAAUCACGCUAAAUCGUGAAGUUGUUGGACAAGAUGCAUAUUUACUGCAAAAAUGCUUUAGUCCCGGUGUGAUAGAAGUCGAUAAGAGUGGAAAAGCCGUCGUUAAAGAAGCUCGAAACGAUAGUUGCAGUCGAAAUGUCUACAGGUAUCCUCAAAUAGCAGACGCUGUGACAUUGAGUCGAGUGAGAGAUCAUUUUAUUUUUACAAUUGAGUCUGUAGGAGCUAUGGAGCCAGAAGAUAUUUUUAUUGAGGCCGUCAAAGUGCUCAAAAAGAAGUGUUUAACAAUUUUGGAAGAAAUAAAAUAAAGUGACUUGAA